AUGAUGGCUAUCGCCAAAGCUAUCAUUGAACCAAGUGUAAAGUUAAUCAGUGGACAUAAGUUACCUCUUGUAGGAUUCGGAACAUGGAAGUCUGAACCAAAUACAGUUGGUGAAGCUGUUAAGGCUGCCAUCAGAGGUGGUUGUCGUCAUAUUGAUUGUGCUGCCGCCUAUCAGAAUGAGAAGGAAGUGGGAUUGGCACUCAAGGAGAUGUUUACUACUGGUGUUGUGAAGCGGGAGGAGUUGUUCAUCACAAGCAAGCUAUACAACACAUGUCACGAGAAACACAACGUCAGGAAGCACUGUGAGAUCACCUUGAACCAUCUUGGACUCGAAUACCUGGACCUUUACUUGGUGCAUUGGCCCGUUGCCUUUGAGUACACUGGCGAAUCACUCGAUGAUCCAAUGAACGAUGAUGGUUCGGCCAAGGUCAUCAAUGUACCUUUGCAAGUGACAUGGCAAGAGAUGGAGGCUCUGGUGGACGAUGGCCUCACCAAGUCAAUUGGUGUGUCAAACUACAAUGUGCAGACACUUAACGACCUGCUCACCUACUGCCGCAUCAAGCCCGCCGUCAACCAAGUAGAGCUUCACCCAUACAACACCCAGCCACUACUCAAAUGGUACUGUGAGAGGAAUGACAUCCAUCUCACAGCCUACAGUCCAUUGGGCAGCGGACAACUGGUCAAUGAUCCAAAGGUGGCGGAGAUUGCCAUUAAGUACGAUCGAUCAGUGUCCAACAUCCUCUGUCGGUGGGCCAUCCAACAUGGAUUCUCUGUUAUCCCAAAGAGUGUCACACCUUCGAGGAUCACUGAGAACCUAAGCAUUGUCGACUUUACCAUUAGUGAUGUGGACAUGGAGCAGCUCAAUGCUUUAAACAAAUCACUAAGGACAUGUGAUCCGGCUGACUUCUGGGGACUACCAAUGUUCAGUUAA